AUGGCCGUGCCCCUGGGGCUGCUGCUGGCGGCGCUGGGCUGCGCCGCGGCGCUGGACCCUGCCCUGGAGGAGGCCUGGAGGGGCUGGAAGAGCCGCCACGGCAAGGAGUACGCGGAGGACGCCGAGGCCGCCCGCCGGGAGGUCUGGGAGAAGAACCUGCGGCGCAUCCGGGAGCACAACCGGGAGCAGGCGCGCGGCGGGCACGCUUUCCGCCUGGGCAUGAACCACUACGGAGACCUGACGGACGAGGAGUUUAACCAGCUCCUGAACGGCUUCGCCCCGGGGCGGCAGCGGCGGCCGGGGCCGCUCUUCCGGGCUUCGUCGGAGCUGAAGACGCCGGCGGAGGUGGACUGGCGGGCGAAGGGCUACGUGACGCCGGUGAAGAACCAGGGGCACUGCGGGUCGUGCUGGGCCUUCAGCGCCACAGGGGCCCUCGAGGGCCUCGUCUUCAACCGCACGGGGAAGCUGGCGGCGCUGAGCGAGCAGAACCUCAUCGACUGCUCCCGAAAGCUGGGCAACGAGGGCUGCGGCGGGGGCUACGUCACCCGGGCUUUCCAGUACGUGCGCGACAACGGCGGCCUCAACUCGGAGCGCGUCUACCCCUACCUGGGCACGGACGCCUCCAGGUGCCGGUACGACCCCCGGGAUCGGGCCGCCAACUGCUCUGCCGUCCGGCUGGUGGCCCCGGGCAGCGAGGCGGCCCUGGAGCAGGCGGUGGCGGCCGUGGGCCCCGUGUCUGUGGCGGUGGACGCCAGCAGCUUCCACUUCCACUUCUACAAGUCGGGCGUCUUCAGCAGCGCGUCUUGCAGCCAGCACGUCAACCACGCCAUGCUGGCCGUGGGCUACGGCAGGAGCCAGCAGGACGGGCGAACCGUCGCCUACUGGAUCUUAAAGAACAGCUGGUCAGAGGUGUGGGGCGAGCAGGGCUACAUCCGCCUGCUCAAAGGAGUGGAUAAUCACUGCGGGGUGGCCAGCCAGGCCAGCUUUCCUGUCCUGUGAGCGCCGCGGCCCCGCUCCCCCCGCCGGCGCUUCCUGGGCCGGGGGUCGCAAUAGUCCUCGUCGUGCCCCGGCGUUCACCCGGGAGCAUUUCUGCCCUUCUCCCUCCCUCUGCUGCUGGGGCUGGGCAGUUUCCUGUUCGAAGGGCUUUUCUUGUACGGCUAAUUGCUCUGCGCACCUGCAAACGGAGCAGAGCGUGGUGUAGCAAUAGCUGAUCUAGUUACUGCUUUUCCUGGUGCGAAAGGCAAGCUCCUUUCCUCCAAGUUUGGCAGUCCCUUUCCCAUCCUGCAGACCAGCAGCCCUUUUUCCUUCCAGCUAAAUCCCAAAGGCCAGCAAGGAAAGGCUGGAUUUUAUGGCCAUGAUGGCAGCUCUCUGCCGGUUCUGCCUAGUCUGAGUGUGCAACUUCCCUGGGUGCCAUGCAAACAUCCCCAGCGAGCUGAGUUCUUUCAAAAAUACGUCUUUACCAAAUUAAACCUGUAUAACGAGCAAAAAGCAGGGAACACAAUGCUGAUGGAGUCCAGAAGUCGUGUGUGGAGAUGGAAAGUA